AAUUUCCCACCAGAAAAACCUUAGAAAUAGUUCUAGAGCCGAUCGUGAGAAUUUGAUAUUAGUGACAAACAUAUCAUGGGAACACAGGUUAUAAUCAAUGCUUGGGCAAUCCAACGAGAUACUACAACAUGGGGGAUAGAUGCAGAAGAGUUUAGGCCAGAAAGGCAUUUAGACUCAAACUUGGAUUUCCAAGGACAAGAUUUCAAAUUCAUUCCAUUCGGAUCGGGCAAAAGGAUAUGUCCUGGAAUAGGAUUCUCAUCCGCGUUGAUCGGGGUUACAUUGGCCAACAUUGUGAAACGAUUCAACUGGAGAAUGGAUGUCGAACCACAAAGGGUUCAACAUGACCUAACUGAAGCAACCGGUCUCGUGGUUUUCCGCAAAUUCCCUCUUAUUGCUAUUCCAUCUUUUGCUUGAUUUCUCGUGUCAACACUUCUCUCCCUUUAGCUUGGUUAAUGAAUAAAACAUUGUAAAUUCG